GUUGGCGGUGGGGAGGACUUGCGUGGGUAUUGGAGUGAGUACCUCGGGAGGACCCACAUUCUGGUCUUCAUCGUGGACUCUUCAGACUGGACCAGGCUUCCUGUGGCUAAAUCUGAGCUACACCGGCUCUUGAAGGCGGGGCCACAGCUGCCGGUUGUCGUACUUGCAAACAAACAGGACAAAGCCGGAGCAGCCACUAUCUCUGAGCUCAACGAGGCCCUCUCUCUCGGCCGUGUGUCUGAAGAACGCAAACUCUUUCUUUUAGCGGCUCAAUUCAACUCGGAUCCUGCCCCAAAAAACUCCACACAAGGACUAGAGACCUUCCAGGACCUGCUGCUGCAACUGGUCUGACACAGGUCCUCGACAGGCACAACAAAAUCAAAUAAAUUUAUGAAGUAUUGUAAAAAACAUAUUUACUAUUUUAAAGGUAAUUGGUGACAGAUUUGGACACACAUAUAAGACUAUGAACAACCAUCUACAGACUUGUAUCAUAAUGUAGCAAAAAUGAAUGUAGAUCCGCUGUAGACUUGGUUCGGUCCUGUUCUAGUCUUGGCUUAGGUCCUGGUCCACUAAUCUGUUAUCUUGGUAAUAUCGAUCUGGAACAGGAGAUAAUUUUUGGCCAAUCACAGCAGUCUUUUGACAUGCUUCAGUAAUAAAUCAACAAAGUUUUUGGCCUUGCUACCUUGAAAAUAUUAAUAAAAUGUUUGUCAGAAAAUAGGCAAAAUUUUUUCUAGUGUUGUCACAAUAAUACAAUUUUAAACUUGAUUUUGAUAUUAAGGAAUACCAGUACUAUGAUUGUUAAAACACUCUUUCUUUAGACCAAGUCUGUCCAAACUAUGGCCCAGGGGCCAAAUGCGGCCCUCAGACCAAUAUUUGUUGGCCCUCAUGCCUCCUCCUAAACUGGCCCAAUUGAUCAGGAAGUAUUUUUACUACAAAUUGAAGAGAUUCUACCUCUAUAACCUGAAUAACAUCACAUUGCAUUGU